GUGUGUAAUAGAGAGAGGGAGAGAGAGUUGGCUAUACUGGGGCAUAGAGUAGGUGAAAGAGUGUGUGUGUGAAUGAAAAACAGAAAGAGAGGCUGCACAAUACACUGGCUCAAUACUGGCUCACACCGAUGCACAUUUAAAGACUAGAAGGCAUGAAAAUGUGAUUUUGAAAGAGAAAAAGCAUAUCACUUUUUCUUGUUUUUCCUCAUCUAUAUUUCAUCAACUGGAUCUUUUUCUCAAUUUAUAAUCCCGGCCCCCUUUUUUACUCUCUUUGUGGUUUAUCAAGGAAGUCGCUGCGGAUACAACGAGGAGCAACACAGCCUGAACUGCAGACUAAAAGCAUGUUUCUAAGGAUGAAGCCAGUCUCAUGGGAUAGCCAUGUUUUGUCUCCAUGACAGCUAUGUCACUCAGCCCUCUCGGCAGUGAUCCCUGCACAGCAAAGGAUGCUGGGAAAUAAUGAGCACUUUUAUCCCGGUCAGGAUGACAAAGAUGGGGAGGAUGAGGAGGAGGAAGAGGAGCAGAGAAGAGAAAACAGAGAAGGGGAAGAUGGACGUGACACGGAGAAUGGAGGGUUAGAGGGUCUGGAGGAGAAGGAAAUGACGGGAGGGCGACAAUCCUGGGAAGGGAAAGGUGGCGAGGUGGUGAAACCAGCAGCCAUUGUGGUCGGUAGACAGAGAGCAGAUCGACCACUGAGGCCAGGCAACCUGGUCAACCGGGGUAUUGCAUACAUGUCCAAUCAAGCCCUGCUACAUCAUCAACCAGCCAAUAAGCAACAGCAGCAUCUCAUCGGAGCCAAUCAGCAGCCUCAUCACGCAGGCCUGAAUGCGCUGCAGAAGAGACGAGCUCUCAUGGAGCGCAGCAUGACCACAGUGGCUCCCAUGGACGACACUUUCCUGACCAUGAUGGUGUUCCGUAUUGGAAUUCCUGACAUCAAACAAACAAGGUGUCUCCAGUUUGACCUGGACUGCACGGUGUGGAGUGCUAAGCAGCAAAUCAUCUGCUCCCUCAGCGAGUCGUUGUGGGACACCUACAACUACGGCCUCUUCCAGCCGGCUGGAGAUGGACGGGACGCCAAGUUCCUGGAGGAGGAGCGGGCCCUGCGAGACUACUCGCAGACCUUUGAGAAAGGGGUGCCUUACCUGGAGUUUAGGUACAAAACCAGAGUUUAUAAACAGACGAAUCUGGAUGAAAAGGCGCUCUCCAAACUCAGUACAAAGGCCAGUCUGAAGAAGUUCUUGGAUUACAUUCAGACUGGAGCGAUAGAGAAAAUGGCAAAAGUCCUUGAUAAAGGUCUUGAUCCAAAUUUUCAUGAUCCUGACAAUGGAGAGACCCCGCUCUCUGUGGCCAUGCAGUCAGGCCUGCAGGUGGAAGGCAUCAGGUUGCUGGUUCAGGGCGGCGCUCAUUUGGACUUUAGGAGCAGAGAUGGCUUCACACCGGUGCACAAAGCUGUUAGGGCUCACAAUCACGCUGGGCUGCUGGCUCUCUUGUCCCUCGGAGCAUCUCCAAACUACAAAGACCGCUGUGGCCUGACCCCGCUGUACCACACUGUACUGACAGGGGGCGACACCUCCUGCUGCGAGACCUUGCUGUAUUACAGGGCCAGGCUGGGGACGAGGGACGAGAACGGCUGGGACGAGUCCCAUCAGCACAGGGAUGAAGAGGAGUUUGGAAUGGAAGAAAUACAUAAGGCUUGCCAGAAUGGCUUUGCCCAGCAUUUGGAGCAUCUGCUGUUUUAUGGGGCAGACACCUCUUCUCAAAAUGCCUCAGGGAAUACUGCACUUCACAUUUCUGCCCUGUACAACAAGGAAAGCUGUAUCCGCGUUCUUCUGUACAGGGGAGCAAACAGGGAGGCAAAGAACAAGCAUGGUCAGACCCCUUUUCAGCUAGCUAUAAUGUCUGGUCACUUUGAACUCGGGGAAAUCAUCAAAAACCACAAAGAUUCUGACGUAGUGCCCUUUUUGGAAUCGCCAAAGUAUGUACCCAAGCGAAAAGAGAGCGCCCACACUCUGCCUCUCCCCUCACUUCAUUCCUACCCCCUACUGCGCGCUAACAGCGAUAACUCCAUGACCCAGUCUGACCCUCUGGCCCUACCCAUCAAGGCUGCAACCAAUCCCAACCCGGGACAGGGCCAGCGCAGGGCCUCCAUCGGCAUGAGAAGCUCUAGCAGCCCCAGAACUCGUACCCGCUCCCCAUCCAGAGGGAGAGGAGGCCAAAGUGACACAGAGGAGAGGCAACGGCAGCCAAGAGGCAGACAGGGUGCAACCUCAGCGGGUAGUGGGGGAGGUCAGAUGAAGCGUAUGUACAGCGCAGUGCCAGGGCGGGUUUACGUGGCCACUCGUACCCAUUCUGCUAGUGGAGACCGAGAGCUCUCACUUAACAAAGGCGACAAAGUUAAAGUGUUAAGUGUAGGAGAGGGGGGAUACUGGGAGGGAACCGCGAAAGGUCGCACUGGCUGGUUUCCUUCAGACUGUGUGGAAGAGGUGGCGGCUCUGAGCAAAGACAAUCGACCAGAGACGCGCAGUGAGAAAGCCAAGAGGAAGCUUUUCCGUAACGUCACUGUCGGAGCCUACGAUGGCACUGACGGCCCCAGUGACUACAUCAUUAAGGAGAAGACAGUGCUCCUACAGAAGAAAGACAAUGAGGGCUUUGGCUUUGUGCUUAGGGGAGCCAAAGCUCAGACUCCCAUAGAGGAGUUCACUCCAACGCCAGCGUUCCCCGCGCUGCAGUACCUAGAGUCUGUCGAUGAGGGGGGCGUGGCCUGGAGGGCGGGCCUGAGGAUGGGGGAUUUCCUCAUCGAGGUGAACAGCCAAAAUGUGGUGAAGGUUGGCCACCGGCAGGUGGUCAACAUGAUCCGACAAGGUGGCAACAGUCUCAUGGUGAAAGUUGUGAUGGUUGCUCGAAACCCUGAACUAGAGGACACUGCUCGGAAGAGAGCCCCACAGCAGACUAAAAGACUGACUCCUCCUGCCAUUGCCCUACGCUCCAAGUCAAUGACAUCAGAGCUGGAAGACAUGGUGGACAAAGCUGCCUCUCCAUGGAAAAAGAAAGCAGAAUACGAGUCCUCUCUGGGUCCUGAUAAGAAGAGGACAGUCUAUCAGAUGGCUCUAAAUAAACUGGAUGAGAUCUUGGCUGCUGCCCAACACACUAUUACAUCAGACAACCAGGGCCAGAGGGGUCAUGGAGGCAAGAGGGACCGGAGCAAGAGUAUUGUUCCCAACGUCUCCAAUGAGCAACCCUAUGAGCAGCAAUCAUCAGUGAGUAUGGUGCAGCCCGGACCAGGUUUUGGCUACAAUCAAGCUCAUUUUCAACCAGGCCACGCUCAGCAUGCAGUCAUGAUGCGUCAAAAAUCAAUUGGUGUAACAGAGGAGGAAAGGCAGUAUCUUCACCCACCCGCCAUGAAGCUGGCUCGCAGCCUGUCAGUGCCGGGACCAGAGGAAAUCCCCCCACCCCCUAACACAUCUGCCCCAGAACCGCCUUUAUCAGCAGGCCCUCAUCCUGUGAGAGGACCUGCUAUGCCCAUACCCCCUGUAUCUCAAGCCCACUACCAGCUCCAAUCCCAGCCAGGGCAUGCUACUCAAGCAGGCUGGGAGAGGGGAGGGCCUGGUGGGAUGAACCAGCAGGGCAUGGUCCCCACCCUCCGCAGACAAUCUGAAGGACUGUGUGUCAGAGAGCCAGAGGCGCCCAGGAGAGGCGGUGGCAAGAUGGGAGGGUUAAGGAAAGGCUACAGCAGUGCUACACCACCAACAAGUGCUAAGCCUAAGGCCCAGCAAGCGCCGCAACAUCACCCGCACGUGGCCAACCGGGAGCAGGGUGGAGGUGUUGGCAGGGGGACAGCCAGGAGGGGUGGUCGAGGAGCUCUGAUGAAGCAGUCGAAAGUGGAAGAUGGGCUGAGACAGCAGCACAGAGGAAAAGGAGUUGCAGCCAAAGAGAAGAGCUCCAUCCCCAUCCCCACCAUCAUUGUCAAAGCGCCCUCUACCAGCAGCAGCGGCCGAAGCAGCCAGGGUAGCAGCGUGGAAGCUGAGCCCCCCCAGGGUGUAGAAGACAACACCUCAGCAGAUACAACCUCAGACAGCCCCAACACCAGUCUACCCUCACCACUCACCCCCUUGCCACCUCAGCCCCUUUCAUCCACUUCCUUGCCUUCAUCAACUGCUGCCCCAUCUGUUUCCUCGCAGCAAAACCUGGAAAACUUGGAUUACACUUCGACAUACGUUACCACCUUCGGAGGAGGAGGAGGAGGGGCACGCAGGGAAAGGGAACGUUUCCGAGAUAUGAGAAGAAAGAGUGCUUCUUUCUUCCUCUCAUCUGAGGAGGACAUACAAGGAGAGGCAGGAGGAGAAGCAGGGCAGGGAGGAGGAGCACUAGGGACGAGAACUCAGCCUUUACAGGGCUCUCAAAUGGAAGUGCCCACCCCUCGUCUACGGCCUUCCAAGUCUAUAGAUGAGGGCAUGUUUUCUGGAGACAACUAUGUCAACUAUUCCAGCAGCAUGCCCCCAGCCUUUGGCCUGCCUGAGUAUUCUUCCCCUGUCCUCGGUCAGGAUGGCCAGCCCAAGUCAGCUCCCUCAAUGUACGGCAUCCAGGCCACUACUACCUUCAUCCACCCACUUACAGGGAAAGUUCUGGACCCCUCGUCCCCACUUGGCCUGGCCCUCGCUGCCAGAGAGAGGGCCCUAAAGGAUGACCGCAGGACACGCAGAGAAGAGAGACACUUUGGCCGGCAGCUGUCCACAGUAGGAACAUUCCCUACCCCUGUUCAGACCCCAACUCCUUCCCUUUUUGCAACCCCUACACAAUCGGCCUACACUUCCCCAGUGUCCGUCCACCUAAGCUCCCCCACCGCCACCACCUCGCCUGCAUCUAUGAGCCGGCCACAGUCACCAAGGAUAUUACGUUUGGGAGGAGGUGGUGGGGAGAGGAUGGAGAGAGAAAAGGAGGGAGGACCCAGGGAAGGUCUCAGAGUUCGCUUCUCAGAGGACAGAAGCAGUCAGUAUUCAACCCAGUAUUACCCACAGAGCCCCAGGGAGAGAGAAAGAGAAAAGGAGGUGUAUGACAGCAGGCCUGCUCCACCAAUGCAGCCUCCACCACCGCCGGUUCAACCGGCACCCCGCAGACCUUCCUUUUUGCAGAUGGAUAGCACUCCCAACACCAGCUACAUCCCUCAGUAUACUGUCCCUACAGCCUCCGCACAAACACAUGAAACUAUGGGAGAAGCAGGAGGUCUAGGACUGAUGGUUCUCCCUCCACCAGCUCCCUCAAUAGAUGUAGAUGACGAGUUUGUCUUUGUAGAUCCCUUGCCCCCUCCUAUACAGUUUGCUAAUGGUAAGAAGGAGAGAGUCCAGGAGUGUCCUCAGCAGCAUCAACACCGGAGUCCACACUCUGCCGCUUUUGCACCACCUCCUCCGCCCCCUCUUCCAUCUACCAAGCCAUCAAAUGCACCCCAACCCUCUCCACAGGGUGGUGACUCUGCUGCCUCCAGCCUUACCUCCUACGACAGCGAGGUGGCCAACCUUACACAGUCAGCUCUCUCUCCAUCUUAUCCGUCCGCACAGAUAUUUCCCCCUCCCUCCGCCAACACGACCUCUGCUGCGGCUUUGCCUGCCACGUCACUACACAGACCCCAGCCCAUGUCUCAUUCUCACCCCUAUUACAGCGGCUCUAACGACCCCUCAUUAGGGGGUCACACCCCGGGCCAGGACAGAGGCACAGCCUCCCUCACAGCCACCAUGACUUAUGCUACCACUACCAUGACAGCCACGGCCGCCACCACAACCUCACCGCCGUCUUCUGACUACAGCAUGACCAUGGCCGGGCCCAAGGCUGGUGUCAGCACAGGGGUCAAAGCUGCUGAGCACACUCAUCACCCUACUGUUAUAUCCAAGAGCGGAGACUGGCAAGACGCCGUGGUGGAUUCUGGGAUUGAGGAGCUGGACAGUCACAGCAGUAGCGACCACCAUUUAGAAAUGCUGGGAUUGAGUGGGCUGAGAGGAGAGAGGGGAAGCAGUGGAGGAGGAGAGGGAGAGAGAGGAGGUGAGCAUCAGGAUCCUCGCACAACCUACUCAGGUGGGCAAACAUUUGAGGUGCACAGCGCCAAACUGGCAAACCCUGUGUUUCCAAAGAUGACUCAUUACAAGGAAGGAGGAGGGAGGGGCAUGCCUGUAGCACUACGUAGGCAGAACAGCACCAACCCUGCUCCUUUGCAUUUGCAGAGACAAAGUAACCCAGAAGAUGUCAGGUUAGAUGGAGCAUUUGCAGAUGAAAGGAAGCACAAGCAGAGUAGAUCCAAAAUGGAGGAUGGCUUCAACACUGCUCUGGCUGCCUGCUUAGAGAGGCCCAUGGACACUCGGUCGGUGGGCUGGGUUGAGGUCGGGGAGCAUGAACAAGGUGGAGACGGAGUGCAGAGGGGUGGUAUGGUUUUAGAGGGCCGCAGAAUUCACUCACCUCUUUCAGGUGUGAAGGCGAGCAUCAUCAAUGAGCUGAGCUCCAAGCUGCAACAGAUGAGUAGCAUGAAGAGCAUGGAUGACUGGAGCCACACUCCAAAGUCCCCCACCAUGCAUAGGUAUUCGGCAGAUUUCACUGACGUAUUUCACAGCCCCCCUUCUGGCCAUUCCAUCUCGCCAUUACCCACCUCCUCUCCACAGCAUCGUCAGAUCCUGACACCAAAUCUGGCGGCCACACCGUCUGUCUCCCCUACCUCUCAAGUCCCAAUUCAGCGCAACUGGACCCGCUCCCCAUCUCCACAGAUUUCUACCUCCCCAGUUCAUUCACAUCCUCCCGUUUCCCCGACCUACUGCCCAUACCCAACGUCACCGAAGCAUCGGUCCAAGAUGCGAAGGCAGACUUUUGAUUUUCAGUGCAGUCCCACUAAGGAGAUGCGGUCUUCAGUGUCACGGCGGCGGGCUCCCAGCCCUCUUAUCUAUAGCACUGAACAGCCAAACCCCACCCCUCCCAGGCCUUCCUCUCUCCCCAUCCUUCCCAGUACACCCGUCUACAACAACCCCUUUGACUUCCCCGGGCCCCUCACUCCUCCUUCGCCUGGCCAUCCUCUAGGAGAUCCCUACAAGACUUCAACUCCUCCACUGUUCUCUCCAUCUGCUGUGCCAAGUACACACCCACUACUUGUCUCGCGCUCUCUCUCACCCACACAUUUUCUCUCUGGAGCCUCCUCCCCCAUGCACUUGCCCCCCAGCCCAUCCUGCCUCAACUAUCCCCAUCUCACCCCUCCUCCGCCAGCCAAACCCUUUGCCGUCAAGCCCCUGCCCUACUGGACCAAGUACGAUGUGGCCGACUGGCUGGCUUACCUAAACCUGGGGGAACACAGAGAGCGUUUUAUAGACAAUGAGAUAGAUGGAUCGCAUCUGCCUUCGCUCACCAAGGAUGAUUUCUUGGACCUGGGAGUGACACGUGUGGGACACCGAAUGAACAUCGAGAGGGCACUGAAGAAACUCACCGACAGGUGAGGGAGGACUAAUAGACUCGGGGAGACGUAGAGGCAACGGGGUCAAAGGUCAAAAAGGAAGCACCGGAUGGUGAAGGAAAGUCAAAGUGUCUCAUUCCUUCCAUACAAGUUAGCUUGGCCAUCCUGUUUCUUCAUUAAAUGAAUAUUAUUUGGUUAUCUGGUUAUCUCAUCUUCCUUCCAUCGCUUUCUCUUUAUUAACCUGUCUUAUAAACCCUAUUUAGUUUGCUCCGUCUUUAUCUCAUUUCCGCCCAUUCUUAUUCUUUGAUUUGCCCUCCUUCUCUCCCCAGGCGGCUCUCCUCUCCUUUGCAUGUCACUACUUCUCCCCGAGACACAGACUGAGAGAGUGAAGGGGUGAUUCAAAGAUGAAAGAAAGGGAGAGAAACAAAUUGACAAAGAUGGACAAUAACAGAAUUAUGUGAACGGGAAGAACAGCGGACAUCAAUAGGUUGUGUUGAGCUAAGACUAAGGGCUGGAUGUGUGUGUGUGUGGGGGGGGGGGGGAGUGUUUUCUUGCAGAUUUGCUACACAUUUAGAGAAUACUGUUGACAUUUGUGGAAUGACUUUUGUUCAACAAAGGGUAUGAGAAAGUUAAGAAUAUAAUGAAAAUGAUGCUCUGAAAAUAUACUGAAAAUAUACUUUAAAAUUUUUGAUGGACAGGCAUUUAAUUAACACACCAUUUUGUGCUGUAAAAGACAAACACAUACAUACACACACUCCUAUUCUCACACACACUGGCAGAUGGAUUCUCACACCAUCUGUUGCUUAGCAGCACUGAGAAAACUUCAGUCUGAGUUCAAAGAAAAAUUGAAAAGUUGCUGCUUAAAGGGUAAACCCAGAUAAAGAACAGUCACAUUCUAACAUCAGUUUUGUAGCUUUAAGCAGAUCAGAGUAUCAAACGGCGAAGUACAGGAGCCAAGGUCAGAAUAUGAGAGAAAGGGUUUUGUUUGUAGAUGUUGAUAGAAGAAAAUGGUAGACAAUAAUAGAAUUAUUUUUUUUGCCAUAUUCCCCCAAAGGAUGCCCCAUUAAGCUUUGUAUGUAUGUACUUUGCGAGCACUAAAUAAUUUUACAUGUUAAACGGGAUUCACUAUUAAUAGAACCAUAUGUUUUGUACGAAGUGCUGAUCGCAAUCAUUGAUUUCUAACUGGUCAGGGUAUUUAUAACUGUUGAAUUAAAGUUGUGCAUAAUGAGGACAUAUACGUAUUGAGAAGAUAUUGUUGUGAAAUAGCCUUUUAUUAUUUUCCUGAUUGUUCUAAAGAAAGGAGAGGAAAUACAUGAGAGGAAUUGAGAAGGGUUUGCACAUAAUUUCAAACUGCAAAUCAUCUUUUCUUAGACUUUACUGGCGUUUAUGGCCAUAGCACAGGUCGAGAUGGAUCCGUCCUCUUUGAUGCCAUAAUGUUGACCGCUCUCUCUCACACAGCAGGUGCAGUGAUCAAAAAGGGCUUUUUUACUGCUUCUCUGUCUGCCUGACUUCCUCAACCUUUAGCCUUUGUGAGUCUGUGUGUCUGAUUUUGUGUGUGUGUUUGUCAGCCUGCGUCAGUAGCCAAAUGCUUUUCCUGACCUACACCUCUCUGUUUCUAAUGCCUUUUCCAAAACAUAUUUAUAAUAGCCAAAAAACAUUGUUUUUUUUUCUCACUAGUUGACAAUCCCGAUGUUUCCCCGUUCCACACAUAACCCUCAAAAAGAAACACUCUGACCCACUUUUCAAAAGGGUUUUUCAGAGUGAUAAAGUAAAUACUGUAUAUGUUGCGUAGAGAUGAACAAGAAUGCCCUGGAUUUUUUAAACAUGCCAGUUUAGCCAUUUCCCUGCAGUGAAUUUAACUGUAAGGCAAAAACACAUCAUUUAUAGAUCUAUAUGUAAUGAUGAUGAUGACAAUGAUAACAUAAACAUAUAGUAUAAUAAAGAUAAUAUUAAGUAUGUAAACGUUUUUAAGAAUCUCCGUCUUCCAAAUAGUGUGGACAAAAUCUUUGAAGCUUUGUUUUGUUUAUGUUUCAUUUUGGGUUUCCUGUAAAUGCUUUCUAUACUGCUAGCCCUGUGGUGACCCCAGUGAAGCUGACACACAUUAGUUAAUGUGUUUUCUCUCUAUGUGAGUUUAAAUUUAUGACUCUGUUUACUCAUGCUGAGUUGCCUCAAUGCUAUCUCAUGAUGGACUAUUCUAAGAAGUGAAAGGACUGAGCAGUAGUAUAGAAAGCAUUACAUACUAUGAUUUAAAAGAGUAUUUUAGGUCUAGUGAAAUGCAUAAUGAAUAUGACUACAUACAGUAUGAGCAUAAGUAUACAGAGAUAAAAGGUAUAUAUAUAAAAACAAAUAUAUAUAUAAAGUUUUGCUUUAAAUAAAAUAAAAGUAUAUACUUACAAACAAUAUGAUAGAGGUGCAACUAAGGUGUUGAAAUAAAUGCUAAAAUAAACUAUGGUCCUGU